GCAGCUUCUUGUCUGCUUUGGCCUUGCAGCCGCUGCCUUCCUCUCGGCUUGUUGGCUUUGCUCCACCAGCCCUGCUUCCGGCACGGCAACCCAAACUCUGCUUGUCCGAGCCGCCACGGAGGCAGCAGCGGCACCCAAAAAAAGCAGCAGCAGCCCCCUUGCCCCUCCGCGACUGCAGCUAAAAAUAGGCCUCCGACCCGCUCGCAGGCCCUUUCAUGAGGCACGCUAUAUAGCCAUGAGCGGAGCCAUGAUCCACUCGCCGGUUCUCGCCGACGCAGCCUCGCCACCACAACCAACCAACCAGCGCCGUCUCCCCGCCUGAUUGCCAACAGGCCGUCGCUCUGCAGAAUCCCCCGCUUCGACCGAGUACGAUGACCCCGGGACGAACCGGAGCCACCCUCAAAGUCGACAUGAGUCUCCUCUCCAACAUCCCGAAAACGCCCUCGCCCAUCCCCGAGAUUGUGAUUACUCCCGUCGAUCCGGACGACUUCUCGCUCCUGCCGCCGCUGCCUGACUCGCCCAUGAUGGCUGCCCGAUUCAGCCUCGACCAGAAAGUAUUUCUGCACGACCUGCCCUCGGAAGUCGUCUGCAGGAUUGCCAUGCAUGCAGGCUUCUUUGCGGCCCUGAAGCUGUUGCAGUCCUGCAAGCGCUUCAAGACCCUGCUCUCCAACCCGGCGUCGUGGUUCGACUACCACCACCUGUCGACCGACCACCUCGAAAACUAUGUCUCGAUUGUCACCAAGGUCCACACCUUUGACCACCUCGUCUUUGGCCACUGGGAAGGCGACUUUCCGACCUCGACUCCGAAGCCUGCCAAGCCCUCGUCCGAGUGGAUGGCCAAGGGAACGGUGAGCUCGACCCAAUCGCUGGCCAACUCGCUCUCGACCCUGGCCGAGGACAAUCCCGAAGCAGGCCCGGCCUCGCUCUCGUCGGCGGCACUGGCCGAGAGGGCCGUCGUCGACAAGACCACACUGUUCUUUGAGCACUGCUCCUUCUUUGAGGGCAUGGACUUUCUCGGCGGCGUCACCCUGACGAUCCACCACCGGAACCCGAAUACCCUGCUGGUCUCGAGCGGGCCCGAGUCCUGCAGCAUCCGCAUCGCCUCAGACUUUUUCGAGCACCGGGAGACGCUGCCCUGCUACAAGCGAGAACUCAACAGCAUGGCCGUUCAGGGCCUCGUCCCGCUCUCGCAGCCCAGCGGCGAAGCCAGCCUCGCCCGUAUCCAACACUCAUGCGCCGAGUGUCAAGAAUACGAUGGCCGCAAGGUGCUCGAGUCCAUCUUUGUGUUUGAACGCAUCCCCGAGAAUCCAAAGUGGGGCCGCGAUGGGUUCUGCUGGGACUAUGAGCUCUCCAAGAACAGCCGCGGCGGCCGAAAGGUCAUCUCGAUCCGGGUGCGACCCUAUGUCGGGGUGAUGGGGUACUCGUCGAUGCGGGAUCUUCCCUUUGUGUCGAUCAAUGCCAUCUCCAUCAACGGCCGGGCGCUCCAGGGCUGGGCGCUGGACUCGUUCAAGGCACUUGUUGGAUGGUAGCCCCGUUCUGCCGAUCUGCAGGUGGACUGGCCAGCUGCAGACCGUCCCGAUGUGCUUAUCGCCCGGACGCUUCUUGAUGCAUGUCCCUCGCCAUGUUUGCGGAAUAAAAGUAUGCUGCACCUCUGUACAC